CGCGUACGAUACGGUAAAUAUCGGUCAUCGACGUCGUAUCAGGUUCUGACGCCUUUCGUUCUCGACGGCUUUUGGGUUUCUUGGUUAAAGCGCACCCUUUCUUGUCCCGGGCGAUAUCAAUACGACGACGCCCAUGAUGUUCGCGGCGCGUCCGAAAUUUCUAGUCAUUGCUGCGGCGGUGUUUACGUCGUUCUGUUUACUGCUAUAUACUCUAUCAGGCACAACCUCGAUCGCAGCCUUCGAAGAUAAGGCGAUUGACGCUACGCAUUACGGUCAGGAAGUCGUGACUGGUGCAAUUUCGGAUGGUGCAGAGGCUGUUGAGGAUGUUGUCGAGGACGUCGUGGUGAAGCCGAAGAAUCGCCGUCGCGCGAUUGUUUCUUCCGUCCAAACAGACUCUUUCGCACCCCUUGCCAUGGCCAUGGGCUACUCCCUCAAGAAAUCCAACGACCUCGACGCACAAGACGUUGACAUGCUCCUUCUCGUCCGCGAGGGUGCCGUCAACGCUACCAACAUCGCAAAACUCGAACAAGUCGGUUGGCAGGUCCGAAAAAUGCAGGAUUUGGUGUUUGAGGGCGUGAACUAUGAUGAUAUCCGACCUUGGCACAGAUAUAACUUGAACAAAUUGAUUAUCUGGCAGUGGGAAGAGUAUGAGAGGAUUAUCUUUGCGGAUGCGGAUAUGUUGAUUAAGGGUGACAUUGGGGAGUUGUGGGAUAUGCCUGGAGAUUUCGCCGCAACCCCCGACUCAUGGCCAGAAAACCUCCAAGAUACCCGCUUCAACUCUGGCUUCAUCCUCAUCCGCCCCUCCAAAGUCGAAUACGAAACCCUCGCCGAAAAGGUCUCCGACAAAAAGUACCACCGCCCCGACGAAGCCGACCAAGCCUUUCUCAACGUCUACUGGCGUUUCCGCGCCUACAUGCUCCCCUACGCCUACAACUUCAACCUUGUCCUCUUCCGUUUCCAUAGGGAGGUAUGGGAUAACUUGUGGCCCGAGGCAAAGGUGAUUCAUUUUACGACGAGGAAGCCGAGCACGAAGGAUAAGUGUGCUACGAACCCGGAUUGUCUUGAGAGGCCUGUGUUGGAGUGGUAUUCAUGGAUGUUUCAAAGUAUGGUUGAGGAGUAUGGGUGGAAGGAUAUGCCGAUACAUGAGUAGCAUGGUGCAUUGAGCGGUGGACAUUUCCUUGGGUGCGCUUUG